ACAUCUUUUGUUGACUGUUUAUUCGAGAAGAAAGAAACAAAGAUAACAACACCUUUUAUUAAAAACAAAGAUAACACCUAAAACCCAUUAGCUUCAAGCAAAGUUAUUUUGAUGAGGAACAACAUCACUCUCUCUUUUGAUGACAUCGAAGCUAAUUUCGCUCCGUCAGUGAAGGGUACAGGUGAAAUUGGAGUAGUUUAUGUGGCAGAGCCUCUUGACGCUUGUCAAAAUCUUAUGAAUAAACCAGACCAGAGCUCCAAUGAAACUUCCCCUUUUGUGUUGAUCGUUAGAGGAGGCUGUAGUUUUGAAGAGAAAGUGAGAAAAGCUCAGAGAGCUGGUUUUAAAGCUGCUAUAAUCUUUGACAAUGAAGACCGUGGAACAUUGAUUGCAAUGGCAGGUAACUCGGGAGGUAUAAAGAUUCAUGCGGUUUUCGUUACGAAAGAAACGGGAGAAGUGUUGAAGGAUUAUGCGGGUUUUCCCGAUACGAAAGUUUGGUUGAUUCCAAGUUUUGAGAACUCGGCGUGGUCGAUUAUGGCGGUUUCAUUCAUUUCGCUGCUUGCGAUGUCGGCUGUUCUCGCUACUUGUUUCUUUGUGCGUAGGCAUCGGAUAAGAAGGCGGACAUCUCGGUCCUCUCGUGUCCGUGAGUUCCAUGGUAUGAGCCGCCGCUUGGUGAAAGCAAUGCCGAGUCUUAUAUUCUCUUCGUUUCACGAAGACAACACUACUGCAUUUACUUGCGCUAUUUGCCUCGAAGACUACAUUGUUGGAGACAAGCUCAGGCUCUUACCUUGCUGUCACAAGUUUCAUGCUACGUGUGUUGACUCAUGGUUAACCUCUUGGAGAACUUUCUGUCCGGUGUGCAAAAGAGAUGCAAGAACGAGCACGGGUGAGCCUCCGGCUUCAGAGAGCACGCCAUUGCUCUCAUCCGCUGCAUCGUCUUUCACCUCUUCCUCUCUGCACUCUUCCGUCAGAUCAUCCGCACUAUUGAUUGGUCCUUCCAUGGGCUCAUUACCGUCUUCAGUCUCUUUCUCUCCCGCAUAUGCAAGCUCAUCCUAUAUCAGACAAUCGUUCCAAUCUUCCUCGAACCGUCGAUCUCCUCCAAUAAGCGUAAGUCGUAGCUCUGUGGAUCUAAGGCAACAAGCAGCUUCUCCAUCACCAUCACAGAGAUCAUACAUUUCCCAUAUGGCUUCUCCACAGUCACUGGGUUACCCGACUAUCUCCCCUUUCAACACGAGGUACAUGUCACCGUAUAGGCCUAGCCCGAGCAAUGCAUCACCUGCAAUGGCCGGAUCAUCAAAUUAUCCGUUCAAUCCACUGCGUUACAGUGAAUCAGCCGGAACUUUCUCUCCAUACGCCUCUGCAAACUCGCUCCCAGACUGCAUUUUAGAAUUCCCAUCUGCUUCAACUUCGAUGGAGCAUUCAAUAGACCCGGAACCGAAAUUGUCUGAUCCAACAUCGGAUCCAUUCAGUGAUGUCCUCGUAGCUUAUAAAAAAUGGGACUUUGAAGUGGGUUGUGCUCGGUUUAAGGAGAAUCAUAAAGAUUCGAUUUGGGGCAAUGUUAGUUCGGGUUCUUUACAAGAAUUUGGUUGUGGUAAGCUUAAGAUGGAUCAUGUCAAGGUUUUGGUUAAAGGGUGGACUUGGAUUCCGGAUAAUUUGGAAAAUUUGUAUUCUUGUCGUUGUGGGAUGACUUGUUUGUGGACUAAAUCAUCGGUUUUGGCUGAUUCACCUGAUGCUUUGUUGUUUGAGACAACAACUCCUCCGCUACAGAGACGUGUUGGAGAUCCGCUCCGUGUGUACAUGGAGCUAGAGGCUGGAAGAAAACGCUCAGGCCGUGAAGAUAUAUUCAUCAGCUACCAUGCCAAAGACGAUGUCCAAACAACUUAUGCGGGUUCACUCUUUCAUAAUAACAGAAACUAUCACAUCUCUCCACAUAAAAACAAUGAUGUUCUGGUGUAUUGGUCUUCUUCAAGAUGCCUCCCACACAGAGACCGUCUCGCAAAGAGCCUACUCGAUCUGAUUCCUUACCACUCCUUUGGUAAGUGUCUUAACAAUGUCGGUGGCUUGGACGCAGCUCUCUCUAUGUAUCCAGAGUGUGUCGCCGACUCCAACGCUGAGCCAAAAUGGUACGGCCAUCUUCACUGCGCUAUGUCACACUACAAAUUCGUCCUUGCAAUUGAAAACACAGCUGUUGAGUCAUACGUGACCGAGAAGCUUUUCUAUGCGCUCGACUCGGGUUCUGUUCCGAUCUACUUCGGAGCCUCUAACGUUCAAGACUUUGUCCCUCCGCAUUCCGUGAUUGACAGUAGCAAAUUCGGCUCGAUGCAGGAAUUGGCGGCGUACGUGAAGCGGCUCGGUGAUGAUCCCGUGGCUUACUCAGAGUACCACGCUUGGAGGCGGUGUGGACUGAUGGGGAACUACGGGAAAACCCGCGCAGUGAGUCUAGAUACAUUGCCGUGUCGGUUGUGCGAAGAGAUUAGCAGAAGAGGCGGCAAGAACGCCGGAGUUUGACGAGCAACGGUGGUUUUAGAGGUCCGGGAUUGAAACAUUUAGAGUGGUUACCUGGAAUCUGGGUGUAAAUGUUAUCUCAUGACCUAUUUCUAUUAUAUAACAACUUCUUUUUCCUAUAUAAUCUCACAUCAUAUAGUAAAUUUAAUAAAUCAUUCUUCAAUGG